AUGCGGCUUCUUAAAAUUGAAGACGAUGGCAAACUCAGCCUCACGAAGGACUUGAUUGGCGACGACGACAUCGUUCCUGCUUACGCUAUUCUUUCGCACACCUGGCAGGAAGAUCAAGAGGUGACGUUUGACGACUUUAUAAACGAUGCCGGAAAGAGCAAAACAGGCUAUGAUAAGCUUCGGUUCUGUGCACAACAAGCCGAGCGAGAUGGGCUGCGUUACUUUUGGGUGGACACUUGCUGCAUCAAUAAGGUGAAUGCCGUCGAACUUCAGGAUGCCAUUAACUCCAUGUUUCGGUGGUAUCGAGACGCAACCAGGUGUUAUGUCUUUCUAUCUGAUGUAUCCGCAACCAAACGAGAGGCAAACAGUGCAUCUUUUAUCUUCACUUGGGAACCGGCAUUUCGGCGUAGUCGAUGGUUCACUCGGGGCUGGACUCUCCAGGAACUGCUUGCUCCACGUAAUGUGACAUUCUUCUCUCGAGAAGGCAAGCAGCUAGGCGACAGAGAAAAGUUGAAACAGCUGAUCAACGAGAUUACUGGUAUGCCUAUCCCUGCCGUUUUGGGGGUUUCCUUGGAUGAUUUCAGCGUUGAUGAACGACUAUCUUGGACGGAAAGACGCAACACCACGCGUAAAGAAGACAAGGCAUACUCGUUGCUGGGUAUAUUCGGUAUUUACCUGCCUCUUAUCUAUGGUGAAGGACAGGAAAACGCAUUUCGCCGGCUCCGAAAGGGGAUUGAAGAGCAUCUGGCGGAAUCCUCCCAACAACGACCACCGCCUCCGUUGACAGAUGGAGUACACAAAUCUGCACACAAGACAUCAUACUACAUUCCGUUCCCCAAGAAUCGAUACUUCGUUGGAAGGACAAAUGAACUCGACGUGCUCAAGCAGUCGCUGCUGGAGGGUCAAGAUUGCCAAAAGAUGUCAAUCGUGGGCCUCGGCGGGACGGGCAAGACACAAAUCGCUUUGCAAAUCGCUUACAUGUUCAAGGAGACGUUGUCGGGGUGCUCGAUCUUCUGGAUGCCUGCAGUGAGCAUGGAGACCUUCGAGCAGGCGUGUAAGGAGAUUGCAGUAUCUCUGCACCUAGUUCAGGCGGGCGAUGGAGACGAGGACGCGAAAGAGCUUGUGAAGGAGCACCUGAGCGCAGAGCAGGCAGGACGAUGGUUGCUAGUGCUCGAUAACGCAGACGACCGAGAUAUUGUAUUCGGGACUGGGCAAUCGAGAGGCAUCGUCGACUACUUACCAGAGAGCGAGAGAGGUACGACCUUGUUCACCACGCGUACUCAGGGGGUAGCGGUAUCGCUGACACGCGGCGACGUCCUGGAGUUAGGGUCUAUGACCCUACCAGAUGCAACCCACUUUCUGGAAAAAUCGCUGAUCAAAAAGGACCUUAUUUGCGACACUGCAGCCACAACAGAGCUGCUGGGCGAGCUAACAUGCCUGCCUCUAGCCAUCGCGCAGGCAGCCGCCUACUUGAACUUGAACAGAACCUCCAUCACGAAGUACUUGCGGCUGCUUAAGAGCACAGAACAGGACACAGUCGGCCUGAUGAGCAAAGAGUUCCGCGAUAAUACACGCUACAGAGGUUCGGCGAAUGCAGUGGCUACGACGUGGAUCGUAUCCUUUACCCAGCUUCGAGAGCGCGACACGGAAGCGGCUAAACUUCUGGAGUUCAUGUCAUGCAUCGAGUGGAAGGCGAUACCGCGAUCGUUGCUGCCGACGGUUCGACCAAAAGAGCGAAUGGACGAGGCCAUCGGCACGCUCUGUGGGUACUCUUUUGUGUCGAGACGGGAGGACGACAGCCUCGAGGGGGCCGAGGGAGAGGAGGAGUGGUAUGACUUGCACCGACUCGUACAUCUUGCGACCAGAAUUUGGACAAACAAACAUGGCGAUGCUGCAGGUGUGACGGGAGAAGUAAUCAAACAUGUUGCUAAAGUUUUCCCGCACGGCGCCUGGGCCAAUCGGGCGGUGUGGAGAGCGUAUAUGCCGCACGCAUUGCGACUGCUGGACACAAAACAGGGGAGUAAUGUCAAAGAGAAGGCUGAGUUGAUUUGCCGGGUGGGACGGUGCCUGACGACUGACGGCAGAAUUGGAGAGGCAGUGAAGUGGCUGGAGGAGAGCUGCAGUUUAAGAAGCGAGUUGGAUGAGGACGACCCGUAUCGACUAAAAUCGCAGCACGCACUCGCAAGCGCAUAUGAAGCGGAUGGGCAGGUUAAGAAGGCAAUAACAAUACUAGAGAUUGUCGUUGCAGUUAAGGAGAAGGUGCUAGAUAAGGAGAAUCCAAAUCUACUAGCGUCGCAGCACGAGCUCGCAAGCGCAUAUGAAGCAGAUGGGCAGGUUAAGAAGGCAGUAGCGCUACUAGAGUAUGUUGUGGAUAUUAAAGCGCGGACCCUUCGAGCCGAUCAUCCUUCGCGGCUGAUAUCGAUCGAGGUGCUCGAAGAAAUGUGUGCGGAGCUGAAAGUCGACUCAGCCUCGGUAUAA